GGGUGCGCGAGGCGGGGCCGUGGUGGCCGGAGGCGGCGGCGGCGGCGGCGGUGGUGAAGGCGACGCGUCCCAGACGGACCAAGUCUCCUGCUGCCUGGAGCUGGCCUGGAAUGGGUAAUGGUGUGAAGGAAAGUGCGGUGCGUGUGCGUGAGGAUGCCGAGGCCGUCCUGCCCUCACCUGUUAAUUCCAAGAGCGACCACAGGCAAGUUCUCAGCUCCCUCCUGUCUGGGGCCCUGGCUGGUGCUCUGGCCAAAACGGCGGUAGCUCCCCUGGACCGAACCAAAAUCAUCUUCCAAGUGUCUUCAAAAAGAUUUUCUGCCAAGGAGGCCUUCCGGCUCCUCUACUUCACCUACCUCAACGAGGGCUUCCUCAGCCUGUGGCGUGGGAACUCGGCCACCAUGGUGCGCGUGGUGCCCUACGCCGCCAUCCAGUUCAGCGCCCACGAGGAGUACAAGCGCAUCCUGGGCCACUACUAUGGCUUCCGCGGAGAAGCCCUGCCCCCUUGGCCCCGCCUCCUGGCAGGCGCACUAGCUGGAACAACAGCUGCUUCGCUGACCUACCCCCUGGACCUGGUCAGAGCAAGGAUGGCCGUGACCCCAAAGGAAAUGUACAGCAACAUCUUUCACGUCUUCAUCCGCAUCUCCCGAGAAGAGGGCCUGAAGACCCUCUACCACGGGUUCACGCCCACCGUGCUGGGGGUCAUUCCCUACGCCGGCCUGAGUUUCUUCACCUAUGAGACGCUCAAGAGCCUGCACAGAGAGUACAGCGGCCGCCCACAGCCCUACCCCUUUGAGCGCAUGAUAUUUGGGGCCUGCGCUGGCCUCAUCGGGCAGUCAGCCUCGUACCCCCUGGACGUGGUGCGGCGGCGCAUGCAGACAGCCGGGGUCACGGGUCACCCGCACGCAUCCAUCGCGCACACGCUGCGUGCCAUCGUGCGGGAGGAGGGCGCCGUGCGUGGCCUCUACAAGGGCCUGAGCAUGAACUGGCUCAAGGGCCCCAUCGCCGUGGGCAUCAGCUUCACCACCUUCGACCUCAUGCAGAUCCUGCUACGGCACCUGCAGAGCUAGGGAGCCCGCGGGCCGGCUGCUCUCGAGACGGGGAGCCGAGCUUCCACUUGCAGCGGACCACUGACCCCUUUCGUUUCUGAGCCCGUGGAGUGAGGGUGCGCAUGGUUCCACCCUGGGAGCCACGUCGGGAGCACCUUGUAGAGUAAGCUGGGGGACCUGGCCUCGGUCCCACCAGCCGGCAGCCCUUGAAGUGCAAUGUUGAGGCUGGUGGGCGGGGGCUACCACACUCUCCCAUCCCUCCUCCCUGGGCUGGCACUGUCUCCUGGAGGCGUCGCCCUAAAUGCCCUGAGCCGGGAGUGACCAGCACCGCCUCCUGGCACCCUGUGACCUUGGACAUGCUCCUGGUUCUAGUGACCCCAUGCCCACUGGGCUCAGAGCCAGACUCCACCUGCCCCUGCGCCCACAGAGGGGAGUCCCAGAGUGUUCGGAGAAGCCUGUCCAGGCCCUGGUGAGGUGGGGCCAGACUUCUGCUCAGCUGGGGCUACAAAUACAGCCUCUUGCCCCACCCCGCCCCACCUGUCCCACCUUUGCCAUUACUUCCCAGGUGACAUGACUCCCCUGUCACCAGAGCCUCCUGCUUCGGAACAGCCUUCUCCCAAGAGGAUUAUUUGGAUCCUGGACUCCGUGGCCAUAGUAGGGCACCAGGAGUGGGUCUUCCCCUCUGUCGCCCACCUGUCUGGUUUGUAAUGUUUCCAGGAGGGUCACGUCUCCUCCACACAGCAGGGUUUGAGGAAUUGCCACGGGUUUGGGUCUGAGUCCUAGCCGGAGGGCAUCUGCUGGACACUGGGCACCCAGGUCACCUUCUCUGGGCCUGGAAGCUCCCACCCCUAUCGCUAUCCCACAGGCCGCACCACUAGAGGCCUGGCCUUAGGCCCUAGCCCUCUGCCCCUAGGCACAGCGGCUCCUGUGGGGAUGUGUGGCAUGUCCCUGGCUCCCCACCUGAGCAGGCCAAGACACAGGGCAGUUUAAGACCCACAGGGUUGUCGGAUUUCCAUGAAGAGAGCGCAUGGAGGCAACUUGCAGCCUUGAUCUUCCCAAAAUAGGGGCCCCUGAGACCGUGUGUAGCCCAGGGGGGGAUUCUCGGAGAAAUUGGGGAACCCCAGGGCACCUCCAGGGAGCUGGUCUCGUGGAGAAGUCCCCUAGGGUCUGCUCGGUAUCACAUUUCAGAAUGACUUUGGGAGUUUCUUGAUUUCUUUUGGUUUUGUUCUUCAAUCUGGCUGACCCUGGGUCUAGUCACAGUAAACCCCGACCCGUGUGAUCUGGUUCCGGGCAGAGGUGACCAGAGGGUCGGUUUUCACAGAGAGCUCCUCAGCGACGAUGUGUGAAAGGGUCUAAGAGGGCGUGUUUGCCCCAUGCACAUUUCCAGUCGUGACCUUCAUUUCUCCCCUUUGUUCUGUCCCGUUGGUGUCCUUGCCUGGGGCCCCUGCAGGUAUGAAGACCCCUCUCUCUGUCCUUCCUUGCAUGUGUCUGCCGGCCAGCCUGACUCUCAUCCCCAGGGUCUCAAGGCUGUUUUGUUGGGUGGACUUCGCUCCUCCUGUCCUUGCCCUGCCCAGCGCCCAGGCUCGGCAGGAGAGGCAGGGACCCCUCACAGGGAGACGGGCUGGGGACCCAAGGACCACCAGGCAAGAGAAAGCAGCAGGGGCUGGGGGGGUCCACCGCAGGCAGGUGAGACCAAACGAAUGGCUCUCUGAGCCUCAGGCCGGGUGGCAGAGGGGAGGGGCCCCCAGGUCCCGCCACCCCCACCGUGCCUCCCCAAGUCGAGUGGGCCUCAGCCACACACACAGCUGGGCUGGUGCCCUCCGUGGCCACACCCCUCCCACCGGUGUCCAUCUUGAUCUGGAGUUACAUUUUGAUGCCAUGAAGACACUUUGUUUAUAUAUAAUGUUUAUAUAUUUUAAAAGAUUUGUGCCAAGAGAGUAUAUUUAAUAAAAAUUAAAAUGACUUUUU